UUGGUUGGAAUAACCUGGAAAGGAACAUAUCUUGAACAAUAAACCUGCUAGAUUACAUUGUUGUCUAAGUCCAUGGCAAUUGAUUAAAAGAAAAAAUUUGCAUGUAGUGCAGAUGCACAUGCAGUAUUGAAUCCAUCAAGAUGACCUGAGAGAAAACAUGGGAUGCCAAGUUUUGUUCUUCUUCCAAACAAGGUAAGUGCAAGGAUUCUCAUUCUUUUUUAGUUAGUUAUUUAAAAAUAUAUACGGUAUAUUCAAAACUCUCAUUCAUUCAACAGCUUCCAGGGUAAUGCACAAUCAUAAAAAUACAAUAUAAUAACGUCCUUUAAACAACAAUAAAACUGAGAGGCAACAUAAAUGCAAAACUGCUAAGCAGAACAGACACCAUAAAAACAAUUUAAAAUGUCUGGGCAAAUAAAAAUGUCUUAAUCUGGCACCUAGGCCUGAGGGUGCUUGCAAAACAAAUAGCUCUAUGAUUCGAGCUGAGCCACCUAUUGCAAGGGGAUUUGUAUUCAAGGAGUUCAAGACAAUGCAUAUUAUUUAUUUAUUAGAUGUAUACCCUGCACGUUCCUCCAAAGGUGCCCAGGGCAGCAAACAUAUCAAUACUAAUACAAUUAAAACUUCUAAAAAAACAGUUUAAGGCUCCUAAAAGUAAUCACCUCCCAAAUUAAUAAUUUCAGGGUUGCCAGGGACAUAACUUUAAGCAAUCAAAUGCCUGGGUAAACAGGAGGGAGGGAGCAAGAGCUUGGCAAUGGCGUAUGGCGGCCUCGCGGUGCCCAUCACCACCAUGAGCAUGUUCUGGGCAGUGGUUGGUGGCAUCCUGCCAUGGUUUGUGCCCAAGGGGCCUAACUGUUGUGUUAUCAACACAAUGUUGGUGACAUGUGCUGUCUGCUGCUACCUCUUCCAGCUGAUUGGAAUCCUGGCUCAACUGAACCCUCUCUUCGGAGAGGAAGUAAUUUCAAAAAGUGAAGUAAUUUGAUAUCUGAAGUACCAUUGGCCCUUAACUGAUGUGCUCUUCUACUGCAGUUUGUGAACUGGGAUAUGAAGAUAUUUUCUCUAUGUAAAUCCCCAUGGAUCCAAAGAUGCCUUCUAAUGUACUUUGAAUCUGACCAUGUCUGCUCAGUGCCUUACUGUUUGUUCUAUUACAAGAAAUGUUUGCCUAAUCUUGUUGCUUUUUCACCUAAGUGCCUAAUAGAUAUCCAUAUCUCUACUCAGUACAACGUUGUGCUUGAAUUUCAAGUAUUAUAAAUAAUAUUCCACCCCUCUUCUCUGCACUGACAGUGGCUAGAUGGAAUUGAGAAUUGCCUCUGAGCACUUAUUUGCCUUACCAAUUUUCAUACUAGGCUGUCUACUGAUCCAGUUUACAAGCUGAGUCUGAAUGCUGUGUCUGAUAACUUUUAAAAAUAUGAUUGCGUUCCUCAAAGCUGAAAUAAAAUUAUUUUCUGCUUU